UUCCCACAAAACCCAAACACAAAAAGAAAAAACCCUUCUCUUUUGUUCCCGCUUUGUCUCUCUCUGUAUACCUGUCUCUAUCUUCACUACUAUCUAUGCACACACAGUUACACACAGAUAAAUAAGUAGAUAGAUAAACAGUAGAAGCAAAGGUUUAUUAGGGUUUAUUGUUUUACUGUGGUAGGGGUUUAUCUUUAUCACUCCGUUGUGUGAAUACUAACAACAGUAGUAGAAGUGGUGACUGUGAAAUGCGCCAAAAGGAUGCAGAAAUUGUUAAGCAGAAACCCAUCUUUACAAUUACCUCCUCCAAUCCUAUCCCUUAACGCUCUUUCUUACCCCAUAGCCAUAGGGUUUUACAAAAACCCACUUUCUGCUAACCCCAAACUCAGCCCUAAAACAAUGGCUUCUUCUUCUUCUUCAGCCGCCCUCCACCAUUUCACUAAUCCCUUUUCCGGAGGUUUUCGGAAUAUUUCUACUGAUUCUAAGUCGUUUCUUCCUAGGGUUAAUAGUUGCCGCAUGUGUAGGUGUUCUCUUGAUACUACUGCGCCGGUGAGGGCUUGGGUUGUUUUGAAGCAGAGUAGGACUAGUGCCGCCUGGUUCGGCACCCUGGCUGCUUCGGCUUCGGACAAGGGUGUUCCGGUGACUUCUGGUGAAGAGGAGAAGGAUUUAGAAAAUGGGGUUGUUGAGGAGAAUGCUGUUAAUGGUUCUGCAGAGGAGGAGGAGAAGACGGGGGUGGGUAGGUUGCAUAGGCGGCAGAGGGGUGGUGUUGGGGAAGGAGGAGGAGGAGAAGAGGUUCUUGCUAGUCCAGAUUUACUAACAAUACCGGGUGUUGGGCCAAGGAAUUUGAGGAAGUUGGUGCAGAAGGGUUUUAUGGGUGUUGAUCAGCUCAAGCAGCUCUACAGAGAUAAG